GUGGUGCGGGGAGGGGGCGCUGGAAAGUGGAAGGGAGGGCGAGAAAGAGAGGGAGAGAUGGUGGCUGGCAGGCUGCGGGGGCUCCCCGAGAGGAUCGCGGCUGGCAGCGCUCCGUGUGGGCGCUAAGGGCUGCUGGGCUCAGGGUAGGCGGGAGUGGGAGGUGUCGGGAGGGGGGGAGAGGAAGAGGAGGGGGGCGGCCAGGGAAAAAGCCCAAGAGGAGAAAGUUGCGGAGGCGGAGAUAAAGCACCGCUUCCCUCCCACCCAUCUAUCCCGGUUCCUGGGAAAAGGUGUCUGAUCCCCGAGAGAAGGAAGAGGGGAGAGCAAGGAAUCGGCCCGCUCGAGCAGCAGGCGAUGCAGCCCUCCUUGCCGGCUCGCCCCUUGCAGCGCUGAGACACUUCCCGGGAAGCGGAGGCGAGGCGGAAUCUGCAGCGGGGGAAAAGGAGAAGAAGGCGGACGGACUUUUCUGGGGGACGCCGAGCCUCUUUCUUUGCAACAGAAGCAGCAACAAGGCGCUCGCCUGUGAGACGGGGCGCAGGACUCUGUUAUACCCCCCCCGCGCCACCCCUGCGUUUUCCAGCAGCAGGAUCCGGACCCUUAUUUAUUGCGCGAGUAGCGAUCGCUGAGAAGGAAGAGGAAGACUUUUAAAGUUUGGCGCUGGUGCCAAGAGCUCGGGACGCUCCAUCCUGCCUCGCUUCCUCUCCCUCUCUCUUAGUUGCACUGAAAUUCAGCUCUCUGGAUGAGCCGGUUCUGGGCUGCUGGCCCCCCGACGAGCGAACUCCAGACCGGCCCCCGGAGAAACUUCAGGAGUUGCAGCUGCAGCCUCACUUUGAGCUGCCAUGGUCUGACUAGAAAAUGUUGCUGGAGGCCUAGAGACUUGGUGCAAAGGAGAUCUGGGCUAAACGACAGUGACGAGUUGUUGGCACUUCCUUGACUUUUCCUUUCUGUCUUUAGUACUUAUUAUUUUUUUGUUGGUGGGAUACCACCAACUCUGCGCUUCUGGCCUCUUAUUCCUACCCCCCCCCUCCAUCCAGGAUACAAAAUGGCGCUGCCGGGAUGGGGAAAGUGGGGGUCCCUGCUCUUUUCAGAUGCCUUUUGGACCUUCUUCAUCCUUUCCCAAACGUUGGUGGGGUUCGGCUGCUGCUCGGAGCGGCAGGCCUGCGACGUGAACUGCACGUGUAGCGGUGAUCGUGUGGACUGCAGCAACCGGGGGUUGGAAGAGGUUCCCGAGGUGCUGCCUACCUGGGCAGUCUAUUUAAACCUGAGCCACAACAAGUUGACGGAGAUUGAUCCUUCUGAUUUCUCUAACCUGCCAAACCUACGGGAAGUGCACCUGAAUAACAAUGAACUGACAGCCAUUCCAUCCCUGGGAGCAGCUUCAGCCCACAUAACUUCUCUGUACCUGAAUCGCAACAAGAUCUCCAGCAUUGAAGCGAGCCAACUGGAGCCCUAUAUUGCCCUGGGAACGUUAGAUCUGAGCUCGAAUAACAUCACGGAAAUCCGAAGUGGCUGUUUUCCAGUGGGGCUUCGUAUAAAGGAUCUGCACCUGGGGAGCAACAGAAUCAGCAUCCUGGAGACCAAGGCUUUUGAUAGCCUGUCACGAUCCCUUCUGACGCUUCGCCUGAGUAAAAACAGGAUCGCCCAGCUUCCUGCUAAAGCAUUCAAGCUGCCCAAGCUAACACAACUGGAGCUGAACCGGAAUCGCAUUCGUCUGAUAGAGGGCCUGACGUUUCAAGGACUGGACAAAUUAGAAGUUCUGAAGCUCCAGCGAAACAACAUAAGCAAGCUGACCGAUGGUGCUUUCUGGGGUCUGGCCAAAAUGCAAGUUCUGAAUCUGGAGUACAACGCCCUCACAGAAGUGAACAGCGGCUCCCUGUAUGGACUUGGGUCUCUCCAGCAUUUCCAUCUCCGUAACAACUUGAUUUCCCAUAUCAACCCGGCUGGAUGGCGCUUCUGCCAGAAGCUGAGCGAACUGUCCUUGUCGUUUAACAACCUAACCAGGCUGGAUGAGGGGAGCUUGGCAGACCUGGCGGGCCUGCAGAUACUUCAGCUGAGCCACAACUACAUCAGUCACAUUGCCGAGGGAGCGUUCAAAGGACUCAAAAGCUUGCGACUCCUGGAUCUGGAACAUAACGAGAUUUCAGGCACAAUAGAAGACAUCAGCGGGGCCUUUAAAGGGCUGGAAAACUUAAGCAUGCUAACUCUGUUUGGAAACAAGAUCAAGUCUGUGGCCAAGGAGGCAUUCUCAGGCUUGGAGGCCCUGGAACACCUGAACCUUGGAAAUAAUGCAAUACGUUCUGUUCAGGAGGAUGCAUUUGCUAAGUUGAAGAACCUGAAGGAGCUCCGCAUAAACAGCGAGAGCUUCCUGUGCGAUUGUCAGCUGAAAUGGUUGCCGCAGUGGUUAACCAACAGGGAACUGCAGCCGUUUGUGGAAGCUACCUGCGCCCACCCAGAGUCAUUAAAGGGCAGAAGCAUUUUCGAUGUGGCUGCAGAAAGUUUUGUGUGUGAGGAUUUCCCCAAGCCCAAAAUCAUCGUUGAGCCGGAAACUACAAUGGCCGUUCUUGGCAAGAGCAUCCGCUUCACCUGCUCGGCAGUCAGCAGCAGUAGUUCCCCCAUGACCUUUGCCUGGAAGAAGGACAAUGAAAUUCUGCACCAUGCCGAGAUGGAGAACUUUGCCCAUGUCCGGACCAGAGAUGGUGUGGUGUGGUUCACCACCAUUCUGCAUCUGCGCCAUGUCUCUUUCAACCACAAGGGGUGCUACCAGUGCAUCAUCACCAAUCAUUUUGGCUCUACCUAUUCUCACAAAGCUCAGCUCACAGUGAAUGUGUUGCCAUCGUUCCUCAAAACUCCCCAUGACAUUGCAGCCCGGACGGGGACAACAGCCCGGUUGGAAUGUGCUGCCGAAGGUCACCCAACCCCAGAGAUUGCUUGGCAGAAAGAUGGAGGCACUGACUUCCCUGCAGCUCGCGAGCGCCGGAUGCACGUCAUGCCUGAGGAUGAUGUCUUCUUCAUCACAGAUGUGAAGAUAGAGGAUAUGGGGAUUUACAGCUGCACUGCUCAGAAUUCCGCUGGUUCUGUGUCAGCAAAUGCUACCCUGACUGUGCUAGAGACUCCGAGCUUGGUUCACCCACUGGAAGAUCGUGUUGUAUCUGUGGGCGAAACUGUGGUCCUGCAGUGCAAAGUGACAGGAAGUCCACCUCCACGCAUUACAUGGCUGAAGGGCGAUCAGUCUCUGCUGGUCACUGAACGGCAUCACUUUACCCCAGGCAAGCAGCUGCUUAUCGUCCGGAACGUUGUGAUGGAAGAUGCCGGGAAAUACACCUGUGAGAUAUCGAACACUGUUGGGACCGAACGGGCGCACAGCCAAGUGAGCGUGCUGCCCUUGCUUGGCUGCCGAAAAGACAGCACCACCGUUGGGAUCAUCAUCAUUGCUGUGGUCUGCAGCAUUGUGUUGACGUCUCUGGUUUGGGUGUGCAUCAUCUAUCAAACCAGGAAGAAGAGCGAAGAAUACAGUGUCACAAACACAGAUGAAACCAUUGUGCCACCUGAUGUGCCAAGCUAUCUGUCCUCCCAAGGGACACUUUCAGAACGGCAAGAAGCGGUGGCCAGAGUGGAGAAUGUCCAACAGCCCAAUGGACACAUACAGAGCAAUGGGGUUUGCCAGACCAAUGCAGCGCAAGAUGCAGAAGUCGAUGCUCACCCUGUUUACCGACAGCCAAAGCUCUGCUUAGGAUACAAUAAGGAAGUUUGGAAAGGAGAUGAUAUAGCUGACAGGGCACUCGUUGUAGAUAAGACAGGCUACAGCUUGCCAGUUGUGUGUACUGACUGCAGUGGGAGUACGGACAGCAUGAGCGUCACCAUUUACUCCAAGGAUCCAGAUUAUGGCUCUCUGCCUACAGAGACUGUGCCUCCCAAUGCUUCCAAAAGCAGAGAGUCGAGCAGGCAGGACAGCAUACCUACUGCUAACCGUCAAGGUCCUCUAAAGUGCAACGGGAGCGCAAGCAGCAGAAAAUCAGAUGGCAGCAGUACCAUCUACCCCAGUAAUCACGACAGGAUGCCAGCUGCUAGCCCAGGCACACCGCCUCAGCCGGACAGCAAAGGUUCUUCACAGCCUUUAGCGAAAUCUUUGGAGCCUUGUGGCUUUCUACUGCCUUCUGAAGGCUCACUGAGGCAUCUGAAAGGAACUGCUGAGCUAUCGUUAUCAGAGAGCGAAGUCAAACAGGCGCUUCUCUCCAACGGACACUUACCAAGGUCACGUGACUCCCUUCACGAAUUGAGCCACUGAAAAGAUUGGAACAGACUGAGGAAAACUGCUAUGUGCAAAUUAAAAUGGAGCAUCCUAUAUAUAUAUAUAUAUAUAUAUAUAUAUAUAUAUAUAUAUACCUACAGAAUUUCUUUCUUUGCACGAAAUUAUCUAAGCUACUUCUACCUCAAGUUCUGAACUGAUAGCUCCUCAAAGAAUAGGGAAAGAAAGAAAGAAAGACAGGAAACAAGAUGAGGUAUAUGAAGCAAGCUUGCGUGGGGGAACGAAGUCUUAUCAACGCAGCACCCGCUUGUACAUAGUGUCCGAACUUUCCUGGAAAUAUCCGUGGCUCACACGCUAGCUUGCAUAGAAAGCACAGAAAUGCAAAAGGUCCUUGUGUAAAGUGAAAAGUAUUUGAUAACAAAAUUGUACAUAAGAGUUUUCAUAUAUAAAAAUCUAUCUAAAUAUAUAAAUAUAUAUUAUAUUAUAUCUUUUAACAGAGGUUAUUUUAUUCCUUGGUGCAUGAUGGAACUGAGUGAACUUAUACAAUGACAACAUACAAGGUUUUUCUCACUUAGAAGGUUGCUGUUAGGUUUCUGUGUUCUGUUUUGUGUUGUUGUUUUUUAAUUCCCCAAUCAUUGUGGUGCCUUAGGUGAAAAAAGAACAGACUCGUACAUUUUUCUUACUGGAACAAGACCUUGAUUGUGAAAUCCCCCCCCCCUUUUCAUAGCAAGUACUGAAUUGGUUUGCUAGUUCAAAUAUCCCCAUAGAAAUAUUGCACUUACAGCACAAUCCUUUGUCUACUCAGAAGCAAGCCCUACUGAGUUCAGUGGGGCUUGCUCCCAGGUAAGCGUGCAGGAUUGUUGCCGCGGAUGUUUUAAACUGAGCUCUGUUGCUUUAGCAUUGCUUAGGCAGAGGUGGUGCAAAAGUGCCCCGGGAACGUCUGAAGAAUACGUUCCUUGAAACAAAAGGGAGUUAGACGAGAGUGUGGGUACCAUUAUUAAACAGAUGUACUUUGGCGCGGUUCCCAUGCCGUGCAGUUGGGCUUGUGAAGGAAGAAGAGGGCUGCAAGUUCUUUCUACAUCCUAGCUCUUGUGAAUGCUGGGGAUACAGACACACACAUCCCGUUGACUUCAAACAAAUGUUAGCAUGCACACAGCCUUGGAGGAAUGUAAGCAGCUGCCUCCUACGUGUGGCAGACCUAGCUCAGUCCUGUUUACACUGACUGGGAGUGGCUUUCCGGCAUUUCAGAAAAGGGUCACUCCCAGCCCCACCUGAAAAUGCUGGGGAUGGAACCUAGGAUCUUCUUAUAAGUAAAGCAGAUCCUCUGCUGCCAAGCUACAGCCCUUUCCCUCUGCAGGAUUGCAACAUUCGCGUGCCUAUCUAAAUGCAAACCGUUCAUUGCACUAGUGCAGACAUAGGCCAACUCGGCCCUCCAGAUGUUUUGGGACUACAACUCCCAUCAUCCCUAUCUAACAGGACCAGUGGUCAAGGAUGAUGGGAAUUGUAUUCCCAAAACAUAUGGAAGGCAGUUUGCCUAUGCCUGCACUAGUGGAACAGCAUUAAAACAAGCAUAAGGAAGAAGAGGAUUGAUUGGCAGACCAUAUUUUGCUCUGAAAGCUACUAAUUUUUUUUCCUUCUGGCAUUUUAGCACAGUCUAUUUCAAAAGGCCUGGUUGCUUUCUUACACAGUAAUCUGACACACAGAAUAAUCCAUUUGCACACAAAGACCCGGUUUUCUUUUUCUUAAUUCUGGCUUUGAAUCUAAAUUUUUUUUAGCUAGUUGCUCUUUUUGCUUUUGAAGAAACUUCUCUGAAUUUUUCUUUUUUAAGCUUCUCCAGGGCAUAUUUUUUUUAAAAAAGAUGCAACCACACUAGGCUACUGCUUUCAUUUUUAAAGUAACACUGCUUUGAGAGCUGUCAUUUACCUAAAGCACUAUUAAAAAGUAAAUAUAAAAAAACAAUGUGAACACACAGGAAAAAGUUCUACUCAAAACUUAGAGAGCGUUCUUUUUGUCUGUAGAAGUGCUGCUUCUUCUCCUGAUGCUUAUUCACCUGGGUGAAUAAAAUUUCUCCUCUCCACGCCCAAGUUCUGUAGUUCAGGCUCUGCCUAAUAUGAAGUUACAUUUAGGUUGUGACUUAAGACGGAGAGGGGCAGAAUGACAUUUUGUGUUUUCUCUUUUUU